CAGUACUACCUCAUUUUAAUGCUGGAUCCAGGCCAAAAGUACAAGCACUACACUGAAUAUAAGGAGGAGAAUGACUGCAAAGAGAAUCAUAAACUCUCAUAAGGCUAGACCACAUCUCUGACUAGGGCAGAAAAAUAUUAUGCUGAACGUGAGGAGCCUUUAGAUAUUUUGCAUGGUUGAAAGCAAAACAUACUUAGCUAGCCUUUGACACUGAAAGAAAGGAGGGAGGGAGAUAAAACAAACUGUGCUUCUCUUGUAGAUCUGAACCUAUUACCUGACAGAAGAAUAAGCAAAGUUCAUCCCAACUAGGUGCAAUUCUACAGAGGCGGUGGUGUCCCCCCCCCUUCUGCUACAGAAGAAGGAACAUUAUAAAAGGAAAGGAGAGAGUGGGAAUCAAGCAUGACAGGGGCCAAAAGAAAAAAGAAAAAUGCCAUUUGGAGGAAGAUCCACACACUUCGCUAUGAAGACUUCAAAUUGUGGUGUGUAAGGAGGCUGCCUGUUCUGGAAUGGGUGCCAAACUACAACUGGAAAGCAGACCUGCUUCCUGAUGCAAUUUCUGGGAUGAUGCUGGCUGUUCAACAGGUGACGCAAGGGCUUGCUUUUGCUGUUCUCUCUUCAGUGCAUCCUGUGUUUGGUUUAUAUGGAUCUCUCUUCCCUGCUAUUAUUUAUGCCAUAUUUGGAAUGGGACACCAUGUUGCCACAGGAACGUUUGCUUUGACUUCCUUGAUAUCCGCAAAUGCUGUCGAGCGCCUUGUUCCUCCCAUGAGCAGCAAUUUCACAACAGACAAUAACUCCACAGUCUUGGGCUUAUCUGAGUUUGAGAUGCAGAGGAUUGGAGUUGCUGCAGCAGUUUCGUUAUUAGGAGGACUCAUUCAAGUAGGUAUUCCUUAG